UUGGUAUAAACAGGGGGGGCAUAAUUGAAAUUAUUCUAUGUUUUACAUAGAAUUUUGAAAAAAGUAUUGGGGGCAGUUGCCUCCUCUUAGGUAACGUGGGGGAGCCACUGGUUGGAGGUAAUCUCGCCCAAAUCAAAGAAAUGUGCCCGAUGCACAAGUCCUAGGCCCGCUUCGAUUAAAGGCAAAUCCCUUGAAGCGUACAAUAGUGAUGUAGGCGCGAGGCUGACACGAGCAAGACCACUGGCGCAGAGGCAUAUCUGAUAACCAACAAAGUAGGAAUGAUAUAGUCUUCAAGCAUUGAAUAUCUUUGGGACGGGUCCUCAUCGAAUAUAUGAUCUUACGGAAUCAGAAAUAAAUAUAUGACGUCAUCAACAAGGAAGACAAAUUGUCUUCUCGUCGUAUUUGGAGUGUCAUUUCAUUUAUAAAAGGAAGCCUCAUUCAACGAUGCGAGAAUCCAGCUUAGAGAGAGAUUCUAUAAAGAUAAAAACUCAAAUUCAAAAUUCUCCUAUAGUCUUUAUAUUUUGAGUCUGAUUCGUUAGCGAGCGAGCUACAUUGUUAACCUUCUUUCAUUUAUGUAAUCAAACCGAUUUAUUUUUUUUUUUUUUUUGAUUAACCUGGGUAUCCCAACCGAUUUACUUCUGAUAAACAAGAUUUCUUACAUAGUUUGUUUCUAAUUAACUCAUUAAACACUUAGAAGAAUUCUUCUUCAGCAGUUUCUUUUGUAUAAUUGUCCACUACAUAGACCAAUGUAUUGUGAGCUAUGCAAAAAAAAGGGGGGUGAAUUAGCCAAUGCCCCCAAUAAUUGGGACAGUGUAAUCAUGAAUAUAUAAAAGAAUAUAAUAAAGCAAAUAGAAUGUAACACUGCUCCAUGAAGAAAAAAAGAGAUUCAAAAAGGAAUAAUAAUGCUUAGACCACUGGUUUUAAUUGCACACAAGUCACAUAAGACAGAUACACGACGAAGGGUAGUUAUUCACUGCAAAUCUAUUGACAUAAUUGGCUACUGUAACCUUUUUGUUUCAUAGACUCGUUGAGUCAUUAUAUCCUACGACUAUAUUUGUUUGAUGCCACUUGAUAUUACUAUAAAGAAAGUUAAGAAGAUGAACCUAUCAGUGUACAACACUCCUGUUCAAAUGAACAAACAAAAUCAAUUAAUAAAUUUAUUCGCGGUGCCUCCUUUGUUCAAACUGUCACUCGACUACCCACAUUACAGUAUUGUUCAGCCUUUGCCUCCGACUGUGUAUGCAAGGCCCCUACAUUAUUCAAUCACACAACAAAAAGAACAUGACGCAUACGAUUUGAAGACACAACACAUACCCACAAAGUCAACACUAUACAUAUCUUUGUUGCAAGUACCACACUAGUAUUGGUUUUUCAACUUAUCUCUAUAAACCAUCCUUUUUAAUAUGAUAACUUUGAGUAAAGAGCACAUAUCACAACUACGAUUUAAUUACUCUUGAAGAAAAAUCAUGACAAGGCCUUACUUGGUAUGUGAGGACCACCAUUAACAACAGAAGACUAGAGUCUUUUAUAUGCCCACUUCAAUAUGUCAUGCUGAAACUUAUGGCAAGAGAAGGUACACAUGAAAUGCACCAUGGAAACAUUGAUAUGCAACAAGAUUAUUAUUUUCUACUAAUAAUCUGUAACAAAAAAUUCUUGGUUACAUAAUGUGUUUCAAACAGCUCUGCUGCAUCCAUCCUGAAAGGAAUGGUAGCCAAUGUUGAUGUUUGGUCCUAAGGGGUAACUUAGUUCCAAACUUAAUAGUCAAACACAAAAACUGCAAGAGCUGACAAGAUAAACUGAUGCAAAAAUGGUCCAAUAUGCAUGAUCCAAUGAGGUCACUAGAGUGAGUGUAGAGGGAGGUGGGCAAGAUUCUCUUCCCACAAACUGAGCUCAAGUACCAUGAGAGACCCAAGUAGGGGCCCUACUGUACAUGCUCUGACACUAAGUGUAGCCAAGAGACGAAGUAAAAUAACAAGAAGAAAAAACUAUGCAGUAAAACAAAAUAUAUUUUAGUAACUUUCAUAUAUAAAGUAUGCAACACAAAAUAAAACGUCAUAAAGAUGUCUUAAUUAAGAGAAAGAGACAAAAAGUAAUGGCAUUAUACAGCUAUAUAGUGAACAUGUACAAGUAUAUGACUGUACCGCCCAAAACUUUCCUUUAAAUUCUCUUCUCUACUCUCUCUUUUUUUCUUGAGAGUUCUCUAAACCUCAAGUUUACCUCUACUCCUCCAUAUCAUCCUCCCUAUCAGUCUUUUCAGUUAUUCUCAAUAAAUUAAAAAUGGGAUUGACCUCAUCCUUAAGAAGAAAUAACAAGAGUUUCCUCAGAAUCUUCAUGAUCUUGGUUCUAAGCUGUAUACCAGGUAGAACCAAUCUUUGUUCCAAUCAUUCUGUUACCACCCCAAUAGAUUUACCUCCAGAUAUUCGUUCCUCAUUAGACUCACUAGAUUUGGAGGGCUACAUAAGCUUCAAUGAUGUCCACAACGCGUCCAAGGACUUUGGCAACAGAUACCAGUUACCACCUCUGGCAAUUCUCCAUCCAAGGUCAGUUUCUGAUAUCUCAACAAUGGUGAGGCAUAUUGUACAUCUUGGCUCCACCUCAAAUCUUACAGUAGCAGCCAGAGGCCAUGGUCACUCGCUUCAAGGACAAUCUUUAGCUCAUCAAGGUGUUGUCAUCAACAUGGAGUCACUUAGAAGUCCUGAUAUCAAGAUUCACAAGGGGAAACAGCCGUAUGUUGAUGUCUCAGGUGGUGAAUCAUGGAUCAAUAUUCUAAGGGAGACACUAAAAUACGGUCUUUCACCAAAGUCAUGGACUGACUACCUUCAUCUCACUGUUGGAGGUACUCUAUCUAACGCUGGAAUCAGUGGUCAAGCCUUCAAGUAUGGACCCCAAAUCAACAACGUUUACCAGCUAGAAAUCAUCACAGGGAAAGGAGAAGUCAUGACAUGUUCUGAGAAGCAAAACUCUGAACUUUUCUACAGUGUUCUUGGAGGGCUUGGACAGUUUGGCAUAAUCACCAGGGCAAGGAUAGCUCUUGGACCAGCACCACAUAUGGUGAAAUGGAUCAGGGUACUCUACUCAGACUUCUCUGCGUUUUCAAGGGACCAAGAACAUUUGAUUACCAAGAAGAAUGGUUUCGACUAUGUUGAAGGGUUUGUGACAGUGAAUCGAACUGACCUCCUCGAUAACUGGAGGUCAUCAUUUAGUCCCAAUGAUUCCAUAGGAGCAAGCCAGUUCAAGUCAGAAGGGAAAACUCUGUACUGUCUAGAAGUUGUGAAAUAUUUCAAGUUAGAAGAAGCUAACUCUACUAAUCUGGAAGUGGAGAAGUUACUUUCAGAGCUGAGUUAUAUUCCAUCUACUUUGUUCUCAUCUGAAGUGACAUACAUUGAAUUUCUGGACCGUGUGCAUAUCGCCGAGAUAAAACUUAGAGCAAAGGGGUUAUGGGAGGUUCCGCAUCCCUGGCUGAAUCUCCUGAUUCCCAAGAGCAGCAUUUUUGAAUUUGCCACAGAAGUUUUCAACAACAUUCUCACAAGCAACAACAACGGUCCUAUCCUUAUCUAUCCAGUCAAUCAAUCUAAAUGGAACAAACAUUUAUCUUUGAUCACUCCAGAUGAAGAUAUCUUCUACCUCGUGGCCUUUCUACCCUCUGCAGUGCCAAAUCCUAACUCAGGGACAAGUAACUUAGAGUACCUUUUGAGACAAAACCAAAGAGUGCUUAACUUCUGCGCAGCAGCAAACAUCAACGUGAAGCAGUACUUGCCCCAUUACGAGACUCAAAGAGAGUGGAGAUCACACUUUGGAAACAGAUGGGAAACGUUUGCAAAGAGGAAACAUACGUAUGACCCUCUGGCAAUUCUAGCACCUGGUCACAGAAUUUUCCAAAAGGCAACACAGUUAUCUCCCAUCCAACUUCUCUAAGCCAAAAAAGGCAACGUGAUGUAUACAGUCCUCAAAGGCACCACUAGAGCUAUCAUGCAGCCGCCACCAACCUGUAAAUCACAAACGUAAAAGUUUCCAGUGGUCAUUCUAAACGGCUCAGCUAGACAGCAAGAGAGUGAUAAAUUCUUAUUUUUUGUUUCUUUCUUUUGUAAAGCAAUCAGCUAGGUAUGAUGCUCUAGUAACUAAGUAGGGUUAUACAUAUCUAUCUCUGUUUUGUGCCAUUUUAAAUGAGGAAGGCUAUGUAUGAUGUUCGACUCUUAUAAUAGUCCAAUAUCAUGGAA